AUGAGCUCCUUGCGGGAGCCAAGCCGCAGGCUCCCACGAGCAUCGACCGUGUCAUCGACCGGAGCCUCGACGACUUCGCGAGCAGGCGCGGUCGGCCGGGCAAGCGUACGUCCCGGGGUUCGCGCCCCGACGACGUCGACACGAAAUGUUCGCUCCAACCACCACAGCACAGUCGCGUCACGAAUCGACAGAUCUGGUGCCGCAUCGCCGGCUGAAUCGGUGUCGUCUAUGGCCACGACCAUGACCGGUGGCAUAAAGCGCAAGGAACGUGACUACGAAACGUCAGAGGUCGGCCUCGGGGAGAAGACAAACAUCAAUGUUGUCGUGAGAUGUCGAGGCAGGAAUGAUCGGGAAGUGCGCGAGAACAGCGCGGUGGUCGUGUCAACCGAGGGUGUCAAGGGUAAUGUCGUUGAACUCUCCAUGGGACCCAACGCGCUAAGCAACAAAUCGUACAAUUUCGAUCGCGUUUUUUCAUCGGCUGCCGACCAAAGCAUGAUCUUCGACGAUGUGGUCAAGCCCAUCCUGGAUGAAAUGCUGUCUGGUUACAACUGCACAAUAUUUGCCUACGGCCAGACUGGCACGGGUAAAACCUACACGAUGACGGGAGACAUGAACGAAACCAUGGGCAUGCUAUCCGACGCCGCCGGCAUCAUACCCCGGGUAUUACAAACACUCUUCAACAAGCUUGAGAUUGAAGAAUCGGACAACUGCGUCCGCUGCUCUUUCAUAGAACUUUACAACGAGGAGCUACGAGACCUGCUAUCAGCAGACGACGGGGCAAAACUCAGGAUCUACGAGGAUAACGCAAAGAAGAGCACCGUGGUGCAAGGGAUGGAAGAGCGGCACAUUGUUACAGCGGCCGAGGGCAUAAAACGUCUUCAAGAGGGAAGUCUCCGUCGGCAAGUCGCUGCUACCAAGUGCAACGACCUCAGUAGUCGAAGCCACACCAUCUUCACCAUUACCGUUUAUGUCAAGAGGCCAGGCGAAAACGGCGACGAUUACGUGAGCGCUGGGAAGCUCAACCUGGUCGACCUGGCUGGCAGUGAGAAUAUCCAGCGAUCAGGGGCGGAGAACAAACGAGCGGCCGAAGCCGGCCUCAUCAACAAGAGCUUGUUGACGCUAGGACGGGUCAUCAACUCCCUCGUCGACCAAGGCACUCACAUACCCUACAGAGAGUCGAAGCUCACACGUCUGCUCCAAGACUCGCUUGGCGGUAGGACGAAGACAUGCAUAAUCGCCACCAUCUCUCCAGCAAAGAGCAAUCUGGAGGAAACGAUCUCUACGCUGGACUAUGCUUUCCGGGCGAAGGACAUCCGGAACAAACCACAGAUUAGAACAUUGAUGAGCAAGAAAACUUUGCUACGGGAGUUUACUGCGGAGAUUGAAAAGCUGAGAGGAGAACUGGUUACAACGAGGCAACGAAACGGCGUCUACCUCUCGAACGAGGCCUACGAAGAGAUUACGGUACAGAACGAAUCCCGCCGGAUUUUGACAGAGGAGCAGGCUGCCAAGAUUGGCACUAUUGAAGCAAAUUUGAGGGGCAAGGUCCAGGAACUUUUUGACCUCACAUCUUCUUUUAUGGGUUUGAAGAAGGAGCAUGAGGGUACGCGACUACAGCUCGACGACACCCAAGAGCUGCUCGACCAAACCGAACUUGUGCUGAGCGCGACCCGAAAAAACCUCGCAAAUGAAACGUACCUCCGAAAGGCCCAUCAAGAGACCGAGGAGAAACUUGCCAACAUUGGAAGCGAGCUUAUCGACACUCUCGGCGAGACUGUCGAGCAUGUCAACGGGCUGCGUGCCAAGAACAAACGCAAAUCUGACCUGCAAUCACUUAACCGUAGCACCUGGGCCAUGUCGCAAGGUCAAGUAGCGGAUGUGACGGAACUGGUCGAGGGUCGCAUCUCCGAGUUCCAGAAGGAUCAGGAAGACCACAUCUCUAGCGUAUCUGAGCGCAUGCAAAGCUUUGUGCAGGCCGAAUUGGACAAACUCUCGGAUACUCAGAAUCUACUGGAUCAGAAUCUGAGCAAGUUCGAAAUGUCAAAAAAGGAGCUUCUCGAACACAAGGAGCAAUCAAAGCAGGAGAUGGAUGCCGUGCUUGAGGAGAUCAAGGUGGUCAGGGACCACAUCAAGAAGCGAGUUGGCGAGAGCUUGGAAGCAAUCGCAAGCGCAGCCGAGCGGAUAGCAGCCGACGUUCUGAGCGAGCUUGGUCUCUUCCACAACCAUCUUCACACGUCAUAUAGCACUCUUGGCAAAGACUUCAAAAGCAUCUUUGAGGACCUUGUCAAGCAUCUCGGGGCCCAGAAGUCGGAGUCGGAUAGACUUAGACGCCAGCUGGAAGGAGCAAGCGAGUCUCUGAUUCAGUCGAAUGCUGCCACGUCCGCCAGGAUUCAGGAGAUCGUCGCGGAAGAGAGGAGGCAGGCCGCCGAGGAGCGUAAGCAGCUGCUGGCACAAAUCACGCAGCUUAUCAACAACCAAGGGGAGACGCAGGAGCUCAGGCUGGCUGAUAAGGCCGCUCUGAUCAACCAAGACCUGUUGAACUCGACAAAGGCCUUUGAAGGCAGUGUGACUCAAUACUCGGAUGGCAUGGGUAGCUGGGCGGAGAAGAAUGGUCAGGUUAUGGCAGACAUCAACAAGUCGCGUGACAAUGUCAAGACGAAGAUGAAGGAUGAUUGGGCCGCUGCCAACAAGCACAGCACAUCAAUCCAAGCGACUACCAAGUCUGUACACGCCGAGACUGUUCUUGUUGUUGAAGAGCAAAAGCGCGAUCUGGAUGUUCAGAUGCAAGACCUUGACAGCUUCGUCACUCGUGCCCGAUCCCAGAAUUCGCUCCAUCACUCCCAGCAUGCAGCUUCAGUUCAGCAGCUCUCGCAGACGGUCGAAAACUCGUAUGCGGAAAUCUCAUCACAUUCCAAAGACGCAGUGGAGCGCGUCAGGGAGCUUGGUGAUGAGGUGGAGGCUGAGAUUGACGACCUCCGUGCUGGUCUGGAACCCCUAGACGAAAAUGUUUGCCAGCCACUCAGCAACCUGCGCGAAUCGAUUAGGGGUACCUUGCUUCAGGAGUACCAGCCGACGGGUGAAACGCCCGAUAAGACUCAUUACAACUAUCCAACUGAGCUUCCGCGUACGGCUCCACACGAGAUACUCCUAGCCGGGCUCAAUGGUGGCGCUUUGGAGACGCCGUCCAAGAGCGCACCGGCGCACACUGUGGUCUUUAGCGACUUUGAUGAGACCACAGCGAAGAGAGAGAGGUCGCCGUCAACCUCAUCAGCCGUUUCGAGUGGUCUGAGGGAGGUGAACGCGAACGCCAGUGUCACGACGAGCACUAUUCAAUUCAACCCUUCUGCUAGCACUAUGUCACUCGCGCCGCUUUCGGGCAUGGACAGCAAUAGCAACUCGACGUUGCCCGUCUACCGGCGCAGCACUAGGUCAGUGUCAAAUAACAAAGACACGUUGUCAAAGUCAACUAUUGGCAGCAAGCCAGCAUCUGUCACAACAGGCAUCGAAGGUCGCGAGAAUGUGCCCCCGGUUGGUGGUUUCGCUACCAGUGGGAGGAGGAAGAGCCCCAGGCUCAGGUGA